AAUCUUGUGAACUCUCAAGUUUCUUCAUCUUUCUCUCUCUCUAUCUCUUUCUCUCUCAAUAUCAAUUUGAUUCCUCCAUUUUUAAGGUAGACUUUAUAGGCAUUUCCAACAUUUGGUAAAACAAAAUAUGGGAAGACAACCUUGUUGUGACAAAGUUGGUCUGAAAAAAGGUCCAUGGACAGCUGAAGAAGAUAAAAAGCUCAUCAAUUUCAUCCUCACUAAUGGCCAAUGUUGCUGGAGAGCUGUCCCUAAGUUAGCAGGGUUAUUAAGGUGUGGAAAAAGUUGCAGACUUAGAUGGACAAAUUACUUAAGGCCUGAUUUAAAGAGAGGACUUUUAUCAGAUUAUGAGGAGAAAAUGGUCAUUGAUCUUCAUGCUCAACUUGGCAACAGAUGGUCAAAAAUUGCUUCUCAUUUACCUGGAAGAACGGAUAAUGAGAUUAAGAAUCAUUGGAAUACACACAUAAAGAAAAAGCUUAAGAAAAUGGGAAUUGAUCCUGUUACACACAAGAUAUUAUUCACUAAUGAAAUAGAGCAACCUCAAACAAAAUCUGAACAACAACAUCAACAAGAAUCUUCCCCUAUUGAAGAACAUGACACAAACGUUGUUGAAUCCGAGAAUGAGAAAAACAAAGAACCACAAAAUCCAGAAACCUCAUUUGAUUCAUCAACCAUAACUGAAGAACAAGACCAAAUUAUGACACCACUUUUUGACUCAUUGGAACUAAUAAACGAGUUCUUAACAGAAGAGGUUCCAAUAGUAAAACCAGAUGAAAUUAUAGUUCCAUGUGUCCCUUCAUCUUCAUCAACUACAACUAUAACUACAACAUCAUCAUCUUCUUCUUCAAAUUCAUCUAACUUUCUUGAAGACUUGCUACUACCUGAUUUUGAUUGGUCACAUGAUAAUAAUAAUAAUAUUGAAAAUAGUGAAAAUAAUAAUAAUGAUAUUAACGUGGCAUUAUGGGAUGAUGACUUUAUUAGAGAUUGGGAUUUUGUGAUUAAUGAUGAUGAUAAUGGUGACAGAAAGCAAGUAUUUGAUGCUCCUCAAAAUCAGUAUCCAAGAGUGGUCAUGGAUUCAGAAUCAUGGGCCUAUGGAUUGUUUUGAUUUUAAUAUUAUUAUAUUUAACAAUGAUCAUAGCAUUUACUUGUAAUGUUCUUGUAGGUUGUUUCAAUGAAUAAAGAGUGAAUUGGACUUCAUAGAAAAUAGAAACUUUUGUGGUGUGUUUGGGACAGUUUUAAUGUUUAUCCAUUUUUAUUUUCCAAACUUUAUACCUUAUGAUACAAAUGCAAAAAUAUAAUAAUUAUGUAUAAGUAAA